AUGUAAAGUUUCAUCGUGGGUUUUAUUUCAGUUUCUUCCCAGUCACCACGGCACGGUUUCAUUCACAUAUCCCGCAUAUCCGAUCGAGGUCUGUGGAUUGGACCCACCGCAUGAAUAGGAUUCUGGACUUAAUUUCAUCCAGCUCGUCUCUAAUUUUAUAAUUAUUUUGUUGUGCAAAAGGUCGUCUAAGAAACGAAUCGGAGGCGAAAGAGCCUAGCUCAUAUUCAAAUAAGUAAGACUUCAUGCAAUGCAGUAAAUUGUACCUAUUCUGGUACUAAUGAUCCGGUAGAUUUUACCCAACAACUAGAUUAAUUAAAGGUAAAACUAUAAAGAAACUUUAUUUAAAACAUGGAUCAACCCAUGUCUCUAGAAGAAAUUGAAGUAAAACACCGAAAGGAAAAGAAAGAAUUGCAAGCUCAUAUACAAGGCUUGAAAAAAAUAGCUAAAAACGAUAAGACUAAGAAAAAAGAAUUGACAGCUGAAAUAGCUAAAUUAGAGUCUGACUUAGAACUCCGCCACAAGGACGAAUUAGCUGCACUUGAGAAUGAUCCCGGGGAACCUGAGGGUCCUGAGGACACUGCAUCUCUUGAAGACGAAGAUGAAGUACCUAAACUUAAGGUUAGUAAAGCUCAAAAACGCAGAGAUAAAAAGCAACAACAGGAAAGAGAAAGAGCAGGACAAAUAAAAUUACAAGAAAAGGAAAACUUACAUGGGCCUAGAAAUAUUGAAAUUCAAUCAAUAAUGAAUAAAUUAAAGGAGAGGAAAUUGACAAUAUUCUCAAUACCUUCUGAUGGAGAUUGCCUUUAUCAAGCUGUGGCGCAUCAACUGCUUGCCACCAGAUCUAAAACAACAUCGGUAGAAGAUUUGCGGAAACAGGUUGCAACUUUUAUGAGACAAAACAAAGAUGAUUUUCUCCCAUUCAUGAGCAAUCCAAAUACAUUUGAGAUGCUUACUGAAAGUGAAUUCAAUGAAUACUGUGAUGAGAUUGCAAACACCAAGGUCUGGGGUGGUCAGUUGGAAAUAAGAGCCUUAUCUAAUUCAUUGAAAUGUCCCAUUAAUGUGAUACAAGCCUCUGGGCCGGAGUGUAUAGAGCAAGGAGCAGAGUUUGAAGGACCUCCAUUAAUGAUCACAUAUCAUAGGCAUAUGUACAAACUAGGGGAGCAUUAUAACUCAACUCAGGCAAUAUGUGAAAGUGAUAGUUAAGAUGAUUUUAUUAAACUCUGCUACAAUGUUUUGUUUACUUUUUACUAUGUAUUGUAUACAGAUGUUUUUGUUAUUAAAUUUGUAUAUAUUAUUACUUCUUACAUUUGAUUAAAUAUUGAAAGACCUUAAGGCACUGGUCCCACCUCGAUCUAGUAAGCUAUGA